CUCUUGCUCAUCUGACAAGAAAUCAUCAUCUCACGUACGAUGUGGAACGAAAAUUAUGGCCCACCAAGCUACCCUAACCCGCAAGGGGGCUAUAACCCAAGCUACGCACCUUCAUAUGGCGGGUAUCGAGCUCCUCCUGGACCCCCACCGGAAUCCGAAGAAUACGGUUACUCUCGGUACCCGUCUCCCCGCGGGCCCCCUCCGCAGUCCUAUGACCCAUAUGGCUUUCCUCCACCUGUGUCAAGGGAAGGUUAUACUGGCGAAGAGCAUCACCAUUAUCAUCACCAUCAUCAUCGCGAAGAAUAUGAUUCCGGCAAUGGCGGUGAAUAUGCAAGUGCUGCUCCGACUUAUCGUCCUAGGCCACCACCUAGCGAACAUCAGCAUUAUGGGCCUCGUUUUCUAGGGCCCGAUCAGAAUGAAAUGCAGCCAUACUUCAAAUACUCCCAGUGCAAUGGAAGGAAGAAAGCGCUAUGUAUUGGAAUAAACUAUCUUGGACAAGACAACGAGUUAAGUGGCUGCAUCAAUGAUGCUCACAAUAUUCGCAAUUUCCUUUGCACCCAAUUCGGCUACAGAGAGGAAGACAUUGUCAUGCUCACUGACGAUUCGCAACACCACCGUCAAAUUCCUACCAGAGAUAAUAUUUUGCACGCCAUGCGCUGGCUGGUCAACGAGGCCCAGACUGACGAUUCUCUAUUUUUCCACUAUUCUGGACAUGGUGGUCAAACCCCAGAUAAGGAUGGUGACGAAAUCGAUGGUUACGACGAAGUUAUCUACCCUGUCGAUUAUCAAGAAAGCGGUCAUAUUGUCGAUGAUCUUAUGCACGAAAUUAUGGUUAAACCCCUCCCAGCUGGCUGUCGACUCACUGCGAUCUUCGAUUCCUGCCACUCUGGCUCUGCUCUCGAUCUUCCUUACAUGUAUACCACCGAAGGCAAAAUCAAGGAACCUAAUCUCGCAGCAGAAGCCGGCCAAGGGCUUCUGUCUGCCGUAAGCUCCUACGUUCGCGGAGACGAGCGGGGCGCAUUAGAGUCAGCCAUUGGCAUCUUCAAGAGCUUCAUGGGUAACAGCGAAGCCCAAGAGGCUAAUCAAUAUGCUCAACGGACGAGAACCAGUCCGGCUGAUGUGAUUAGCUGGAGCGGAUGCAAGGACUCGCAGACAAGCGCUGAUACCCAGGAGGAUGGACGUGCUACGGGAGCAAUGAGCUAUGCCUUCACAUCCGUUUUAGCGAAAAACCCCGAACAGACCUACGAGCAGCUCCUUAACAAUAUCAGGGCUGUUCUACGCAACAAAUACAGUCAGAAGCCGCAGCUCUCAAGCUCGCAUCCGAUGGACAUUGACAUAAUGUUCAUCUGCUGAGUGGAAUCAUUGAUUUAAACGAAAGAAAUAUGAGAGGUUCCAUAGGUGGAAGAUAGUGUAUGAUAUUGACGAGGGGUGCGUGAAUUUAGGAUCGACCAGAUAUUUAGCGCACGAGGAAUUUGAAGGCAAGGAUGAACCACAGAACCAUCAAGGCGAGGCUUCAAUCAACUCGCGAUGAUUAUCGUCAGUCAUAAACCGUAGUGCAAUAUGAGAGAUGGUGCAUCAGGCCUCAUCGCGGAUCAGAGGAGCGGUCUCUUGAGGAGGGUCAAAGGCUGGGAUGUAUCCGCAAAUGUGACAGGCUUCAAGGACGCAGACGCCCUUGAGUCUUGGGA